GCCGCGCGGUCCUACUUGCGCCCGAUCCUGCCGCGCCUGUUUCUCUCGGCUCAGCGGCUGCCGCGCGCGCCUCCUUCCUGCCCACCCGGUGCAGCCAUGUCCGCCUCCUCCGCGCCGCCCGCCGUCCUGGUCAUGACCGCGCUGGCUCUACUCCUGCUGCUGUGCCUGGGGCCAGGUGGCGUAAGUGGAAAUAAGCUACAACUGAUGCUUCAGAAACGGGAAGCGCCCUCUCCCAUGAAGACCCCGGUGGCCGUGCCCGAGAGCAAAGCCAAGGAAUUCCUGAGCAGCCUGAGGCGCCAGCGGCGGCAGCUGUGGGACCGCUCGCGGCCCGAGGUGCAGCAGUGGUACCAGCAGUUCCUGUACAUGGGCUUCGACGAAGCGAAGUUUGAGGACGACAUCACCUACUGGCUUGACAGAGACCGGAACCGGCAUGACUACGACGACUACUACCAGCGUCACCACGAUGAGGACGCGGCCCUGGGUCCCCGGGCGCCCCAGAGCUUCAGGCACGGGGCCAGCGUCAACUAUGACGACUACUGAGGUCCCGCCCGCGGCCGUGGCCACACCCCGCCGUCCACUGAGCCUUGUCCCGGCCGAUCCCAUCCACCCAUGUCUGUGACCAGAGAGGAAGCAUUAAAUUGAAAAAGAUCAACGCCUUUGGAGAUUUCGUGCGAAUACUUAACCAUGUGUUUCAUUUAAAGAUAGAAAUAAAAGCAUUCUGUUAAAAAGAAAA